AGAAGAGUUCCAGGCAACGCGCUAAAUGUGAACUCACAGUCACUUCAGUCCCAUUCGAGACAUCGUCGCGAAAUGUUGUGAAAAUUUUUCCACAUCGCGGGUGUUUCAUAUCAAAAAUUAAUACAUUUUUCUUCACACCAAAAAAAAAUCCACCGCGAGUGAGAGGUGCGGAAGGAAGCAAUCCUCUCGGGUGAAUAAAAACCAAAAUCUUUUUUUUCUCCUGGACUUUUUAAGAGGAUUUGCUCCAUGAGUGUACCGCAGAGUGUGGCGGGAGCUUUCGUAUGCUUCAAAGUAUAAGGGAAAAAUCAAACCGAGUGAUUUAGCGGAAAAUCUUAUAUUGUUUUCUGUUUCGCAACAUCUCACCACCACCGGGGGGCAAGUAAGAACAACGACACAGCGCUAUCCACAUAAUGUUGCGGAAUAAUGGUGGUGUCAGUUUAUAAAAUGAGUGGAAAAUCAUGCCGAGUGAGAUGGAAAGACAGCAUGCAAAAGGAAAAGGUACCCCCCCAACCCACAGUAAGAGGUGGGAUGGUGGUGGAAAGAUGUGAGGUGUGAAGAGAAGAAUAAAAACGAUAUAUGCAAAGUCAAAAAGUGCUUCAAGUAUGGAAAUAUACAGUAACAAACAUACACCUAUACUAAAUAAAAUAUUUCCUCAUCACGCAUCUCAAUCGACCCAGAACAACAGAAGAAGGUGGAGGAGGUGAAUACGGGAGCGCACCACGAGAAAAGCUGUGCAAAUAGCAACAAAACACUCUACGCAUAGAAGUUUUUCUUUUCGAGCGUGUAGGGGUUUUGUGUGUGUGAUAAAAUUAACCAUAAACACCAAUUUUCUUCACCGAGUCCGUGUUUUUUUCUUCGUUUUGAUACAAUAUACUCUAUGGUGAAAAAAAUGUGCUCCACAUCAUCAGAUACAACUGACGAUGAACAUGGAAUUUCUUCUGUUCCUCCUGCUCCUGCAGCAGCCGCACCACCAGUGGAGACUACAAGAAAACUUCACCUUGGUCGUGGUUCAGAAGGUGAAUCAUUCAUUACCCAGAGAGUCUACAAGAAAACAUCAUCUAAUGCCAUGAUAACCCUCUACUUGGCUAGCCGGGAAAUGGUACACCGAAUGGGGAGUGUCGAACCACUCCGUGGUGUACUCUAUGCUGAUCCCAAAUUUGCCGUUGGCUUUAGAAUAUUCGGCCAAUUGACACUCACCUUUCGAUAUGGGCGAGAUGAUGAAGAAGUUAUGGGUUUGCGUUUUUGCAAUGAAGCCAUCAUUGCCCUAAAGCAAAUUUGUCCGAAAGUUGAGACUGAUGGUGACCAAAAGGAGGAUUUAUCGCCUCUACAGGAAGCACUUGUGGAACGCCUCGGAGCUGGCGCCCAUCCUUUUACAUUGGAGGUGGGAAUUGCUCCACCCAGUGUUCAAUUAAUUCCGGCCAAAAGGUACACAGGAGCACCAAUUGGCACCCAUUACGAUGUUCGUGUCUUCAUCGCGGAUCCCCAUGUGGAUGAGAGUGUCAAGAGACGCUCAGCAGUACGAAUGGGUGUGAGACUAAUACAUCGUGUUUCGGAAGAUACAAAGUGCUACCAUCAGCCACCAUCGGUGUGUACAACCCCCUCCAAAGCAUCCCUGCCACGCUGCCUCCGACUCCGACUCAGCCAGAAAGCAUUCAAAUCACGUCAGGACUCCACAGACACCGGAGAAACCUGUACCGGGGAUCAAUGGACGGGUAUUGAGGGGCCUCAUGGUGCAGUUGACAAACCAUUUUUAUGGGCAGAAGGACGUGUGAGUCUCAAGGCGGCACUCAAUAAAUCUGUCUACCGGCAUGGUGAACAAGUUUCAGCCACGGUAGAUGUUCACAAUGAAAGUCGCAAGAUUGUCCGCAAGAUUCGGGUCUUUGUGGUGCAGCAUGUGGACGUUUGUAUGUUCAGCAAUGGAAAAUUCAAGAAUGUUGUGGCAGAUUGUAGCAUAUCGGAUCAAAUUGCACCAGGUGAAACGUACCACAAAACCUUCCACCUCAUCCCAAUGCGUGGACCAACAAAAAAUUGGCUCGCCGUUGAGAGUUCACUGCAGGCUGGCAGCUCCAGCGGUAUGGGGUCAAAUCGCAAUGGGCAGUACACUGUAAUCCCAGCUGCGGGUGAGAGUGGUAUCUACCAGGAGAUUGCAUCAAGUGCCCCCCGGGCUCAGCAUCAGACACCCGAAGAGCGCAACGUCUUUGCCAUCUAUGUGUCUUACUAUGUGAAAGUGAAGCUGACACUGAGCGGAAUGGGUGGGGAAUUGUCUCUCAAGCUCCCCUUCACCCUCGGCUAUGCCGAUAGUGAGCUAAGCGAUGAGAAGACAACAAAGAAACACUACUCAAGCAUAAUGGAAGAGGAGUUUGAGCACAUUUCUGAUGCUGGUCACCAGAGGAGGAACUCAGCGAGUGCCAUUCCAGGCUGCAGCAGCAAAAAGACAUCCGAAUCGGAGGAUAUUGGUGCUGUUGUUAGUGUUACUGAAGCCCAAGUGCAUCAAUCGAGCAGUAUAGAGACUAAUAAGAACCCUAUUGUAUAGACUUGACGUUCAUAAAGGCAUUUUAAACGGUACCAAAGACAAA